UUCAGCAAUGGAGACCAGCAGUUCUGCUACAGAGAGUAAACACUGCAGUAUCAAACAAGGCAAACAGAAGGAAGAUGUUUCAGGAAAGCAGCUGAUGAAUGACAGCCAUUUGGAAGCAGACCAGAAACGCCUAUCGUCACCCUCUCAGCUACGUUCAUCCCUGCGCUCCCCAGAGAAAAUAAGAUCAGGACUCACAAAAGGAGGGUACCGGGUGGUUUUUUCCGACAGCAAAACUUUAGACUCCUCCUCAGAGAAGGACGUAAUACAAAAGUCUGGUAUUUUUGAGCUUAGCCAGGAAAUUUCUUCUGUAAAGAGAUUGAAUUUGAAUGCUGCAAAUACAGUUGAUUCAUUUAAGUUACCCAGAGACACAAGGCUAAGCAAUUUUGACAAUUUUGACCAUGUCUCCCUGACCUCAACUCCUCAGCACAAAGACUUUUUGAAAAAACUGCAGAAUGAUAAGAGCAGUAUGGACCACAAAGAUUGCAGUGGGAGGCUUACUAAUGAAAUGAAGACAUCUUCACAGACCUCCAGUGGUGGUGUGCUGACACAGCAUACCGAGACAGGAAAUAGCAGCAGAAGUCCCUUCAAAAUCAGCUCAGAUCUGAACACCAGCACACCUCUAAACCAUAACUCUGCUCUACUAGCCAAUCAUUUUUCUACUUUAUCUGCAAGCUUCAGUGAUACAACAUCGAAGCUUCACUCUUUAUCAGCUGAUAUGUUACUGGAGAACUCACAGCCAGUAACCAUGAGACCAACAAUGCUAUCUUCACUGACUGGGAAUGUCAAAGAACCUGCAGCUAGUAAGUCCUCAAGCCCUUCUAGUGUGGAAUACAAGCAAAGUGAGAGCCUGCAUUCACUGAUGUCUCCUAAAUAUUGCUUCAAAGACUCACACAAGGAGUCUUUUUCCAGUGAGCUGAGUAAUGGUACUGGUGUCGCAGAAAGUCAGAGUCCCACCAGACCUGAAAAAGCAUCCCACGUUACAGCUGUUCUGCAGCAACUCCUGGAAUUGGUAGAUUGUCACUGGAACGGAUCUGGAUCUCUUCUGUUUAACAAGGAUUUUCUUGUUCCAGCCCAAAACUUGCUUUUGCAUCUGGUGGCUUGUACUUCUUCACAGCAUGCUAUUCAUCUUCCAGCUGGACGCAGCUCCUCAACCUUAGCUAGAAAUGAUUCCAAAGUUCAAAGGCCCCAGCUGAAAUAUACUGAACAAUUUGAUAGAACAGGUAUUGCUACGCAGCUAUUUAAAGGACUGGAAGAGACCCAGAUGUCAGCUUCCAAGUUACAAGAGAUGGAUCAGACUGCUGCUUCUAAUUAUCACAUCCGAAGAAAUCAAGCACCCACAUAUGAUGAGUUGCUUUGGAAAAAUGAGCAGCUGAGUUUCCAGGUGGAAUUUCUAAGGCUGGAACUAAAACAAUUUAACAGACUUCAGGAGACCGUGGCUCUUCUGCAGGACAGUCAGAGGUCUUUACUGUCCACAAACAACUUCCUGAUGCAACAGUUGAAUAAAGAGAACAGUCCUACUAUUCACAAAACACCUCUUCCUUCUGAAAGAUGCACCAGUUGUGAGAGAUCACCCCCAUUAGAAAAAUCUGCUCCAGUACCAUCAGUGUGCAGCUCUGGUCAGUACUGCAGUUCAGAGCAAUUAUGCAAUUGUCCUCUCUAAAGGGAACAAAAUAGACAUUAAAUAUGGAUUAUGUUUGAUUUUGUAUCGAAUGAAAUGUCAUGCUGCAUUUAAAGAUACUGAAUUUAUUGCUUGCUUUUACUGAUUUCUCAUCAUCUUCCUACUCCUACCUUCCCCCAUAGCUCUGAAAACAUUCAAGUACUAGUAUUCUUACAUUUCUGUCACACUUCUUAUAUUAAUAUGGGGAUGACUACUCUAUAAUAAAAUUCUAUCUGAAACCA